AUGCCUGUCCUACCGCAAGUCUUUCCGCGCGCUGCAAUUGCAGUGUCAGAUGUACAACAACUGGCACGCAGCGCCGCAGACGCGCUUCGCGAUUCCACGACAGCGCUGCUUGGCCGAGCUGUCCCUCGCCCUUCCUCACCAUCAUCAUCCUCCUCUCCUACUCUCCUGGCUCGACAAUCACAGCCUGGCUACAUUUUGGUCAUCCCCACACAAUACCAAGGCCUGAACUCUGGUCCGGCCCCAGGAGCUGUCGUCGGUAUCAUACUCGGGAGCAUCCUUGGUUUCCUCCUAAUCAUGUGGUUGCUCUGGAUCCUCAGCAACGGCGGUGAUUGCGUGACUGGCGGCGCCUAUGUCGGUGAGGAAGUCGAAGUCGUCAGCCGGCGUCGCAGUAUCACCCCUCCACCUCCCAAGAGUAAGAGCCACCGCAGUCGGGCCGCGACCGAGAAGACUUCCGGCAGGAGUCCGCGUCGCGAUCGGGUCAUCCGCACUGAGCGCAUUGUCAGAGAAAGAGAUGAAUACCCACCGUCUCUUGGAUCACCGCCACCACGAGAUCGGAGUCGCGUGCGCGAGACAAUCAUUGUCGAGCCUCCGUCGAUCCGCAGGGUCCCUGGCGAUGACAUCGUCGAGGUCUUCGAAGUGCAUUCUGAGAUUUCACUACCGCCGCCCCGGCGCGCGCCGAGUGGACGUGGAAGCGUUUACAGGUCAGUGCAUCAGGACAGCGAAUAUUAUGAUUGA